AUGAGGAACUACGUCAUUGUCGCCGUACUUGUUGGCCUCGCCGUUGCCAUGCCUUUUGAUGUUGCUGAGCAAAAAGUGCAGCCAAAGCAGAGGGAUAACUGUGGUGCUAUUACCCUUCCACUGUUGGACCAGAAGCUCAACCAGCUGCGAAUGAUUAGGGGCAAGCAAGGAAAGGCUAACAGCGUCAACUGUGAAAUUUGCCUGGACCUCGUUGAUAUUGCCAAAACCUACGAAGAGUGCGGCGAAGCUUACGUCGAACACAAAUUGGAAGCCAAGUGUGAUGAAGACUUCGAGAAGCAGCCUGAGGCCGACAAGGCUUGCCGCGGAAUCGUAGACGAAAUUGCCCACGAUGUGAUCGAUGACACCGAACAUCAAGAUGCUCCCAGCAUGUGCACCAAGUGGCUGAAGCAAGUCUGCAAAUACGAC